CACUGACGGCAGACAUCGGCCGCGGCGUCACGCUCGCAAGGGAUUUUCGCGGAGUGAAGGUUGUGGCAUUCGCCCAUGACCGCGCCCGCCCGACUCGACGGAGCGCUCGCAGUCUCAAACCGCACUCCUUACUCCACGGACCUUUACCCGUAUCUCAAGUGACAUCUCGAGAUGUGUCGCGGGAACUGAACAUGUGGUAUCCAGUGUGUAUUGUGUUGUGUGUGAGCGACGCGCGAAGACCGCGCUCGUAGCGAGACAUGUGGAAACUCCUGGCGCCGCUCCUGGCGCUGGUAGCGUUAGGCGGCGGCUCAUCCUACUCCCAAAACCGGGAUAUACUCGAAUGUGCCAGAUUCUCUACAUAGAUCAAAACAAAUACGAUCUCCCCACAGACUACAACAAAAACAUUCCACCCGGCAAGAACACUACGGUAUAUAUUGGAGUGAACGUGAAUAGAGUAUCAGGCGUAGAUGAAAAUAGAGAGGAAAUAACGCUAGAUGUGUUUCUACAAAUGUCGUGGGAGGACCCGAGGCUAAAUCUUCCACAGAGCAAGUCCUACAUAGAUCUCCCGUGGGAAUACGGUCGAUUGAUCUGGACGCCUUAUCUUUAUAUAUGGCAGCUGCAGACCAUGAGGAUAUUGAAUGUGUUUCAAGAGAUGGCGUCUCUCAGGCUCUACGCCAAUCACACAGUAUCUAUUAGUGCUGGUGCCACAAUAACAAUAAAAUGUGAAAUGGAUUUCGUCCUCUAUCCAUUGGACGUACAGAACUGUGCCAUAGACUUUAGUAGUUACAAAUAUACAAUAGAGGACGUGCGUUUCGAGUGGCGUGAAGUAGCGCCCAGAGCCGGCACCGCUGGGGCCCAACGUCUGGAGUUCCGGCUGCCGAGAUACGUCGUGACCUUCGUAACGGACAAAAGUAAUCAUAUUCGAAAUUUUGGUGAAGGCAAACAUUCAGAAGCGCGCCUGCAGAUACUUCUGUCCAGAGAACUGCGGGGAUACUUGCUGGAGAGCUACCUGCCAUCAUCACUAUUUGUCAUCAUAUCCUGGGGCAGCUUCUGCGUCAUUCCAGAAAUCGUGCCUGGACGGAUGGUGUUGCUUGUGACCACACUGUUGUCACUCAUCACCAUGUUCGACACAGUAAGUUCGAACUCCCCCGAUGCGCUUGAGUUGAAGUGUAUCGAAGUAUGGCUGAUCUCCUGCACGAUAUUCGUCUUCCUGGCGCUGAUGGAGUACUUUGUGGUCCUGUUCGGGAUCCGCUACGAUAAGAACUGGAGUAAACGCCGCCAGGAUUUAAGGCGGGCAGCUUCAACGGCACAACUUGCUCCUCCGAUGCAUGUUAACCAUACACAGAGACUGAGUACCCCAGUAACGGGAACACCCCAAGGAGGCGUGUUUACACCACAGUUAAGUCUUGAAGAUGAAGGUCUCAAGCAACAAUUUUCACAUCAAACAAUACAGAGGUCCUCCUCUUCGGAGAGAAGAAGAAGUUGGAGGGGAAAUAAAGUUGGAUGUGAGACGAGACCAGUUAGUAAGGACUCGCCUAUUUUGGAGACAAUGUCGUCAAACACACCGAAAAAUCGUUGGGCGCGUUUUUGCGCUGCGGCUGACAGGGGCGUCAUGUUUUGCGGCGCUCAACAUGGAGCCCUCGACAGAUACGCUCUCAUGAUCUUCCCAUUGAGUUUCCUGUUAUUCACCAUCAUCUACUGGACAACGUAUCUAAGUGAGGCUCACCGUAAAAUAAACGGGUGAUACAAACUGAACUGUGCAAAUGUAACGAUGCAUAUCAAAUUAUUGUGGAGAAAGUGCCUGAGACAAAGUGGUUGUUAUAGUUUUUAAAGAACACAUCACACGAAUAUCACUUAUUGUUAUUAAAAUGGUACCCAGUACAAUUAUCGACGUCCAGAAUAAUAUUUUGCUAUAAGCAUAUUAUCUAUUUAAAAUUAGAUGGUAAUAAUUCGAAUAUUAAACAGUUGGUUAUUUUUAAGAUAAUAUAUCCCUCACUUAUGGGAUUAAAUAAACAAAUUUAAGUUAUAUCAAAAUUUAUGGAUGAUGCAGUAUUCGAACCCGCGCAUUUCGGGUUACGUGACAACUCUCGUUCCAACGGACUGUUGGCUUGGUUGGUAAGAGCACUGGGACGUAACCCGACAUCAUCGUCCAAAAAUUUUGGUACAAAUUAAUCUUGUAUAGGUAGAUAAAAAAAUUGUUAAAUUGGAAUAUUAUUAUUAUUUGUAUAUGUUAGCAGAAAUAAGGAGAACCAAGUACUAAUACUAUUCGAUACUGUAUAGAUUUGCUUGUUUAAAAGCUUCAAAUAAUGCAGUUUAUUUUGCAUCUUGUGCUCAUUAUGUCUGCUAACAGAAACAGCUAAAUUAUUACGAGAGACACUAUUAAAAUAAAUAAUAGUUAAAAAACACUAAAAAGCACGCUUUAUAUAAAAUUCAACUAAAAAAUAGAAAAUAAAUUAAAAUUUAAAAUAGUGUAAAAAAAAUAUAUUUUAUUGUAAAAAAAGCGUGGGGUGUAGAAGAAUU